UAUUGAUCAAUCAGUAAUAAUAUUACUUUAUACUUUAUAAAUAUGGGCCCAUUUCUUAUUUUAUAUCUAAGCUUAAUUAUCAGUUUUAUAAAUUGUAAUAAUGAAGAAGAUGAAUCAGAUUUAUCGAUCAUUACUGAAGAAUUAAUGAAUGCUGGUUUCGAUUAUGCUAAUCUAUUACAUAAAUGGUUUGAAAAAAAUAUUGGAAAAAAUGAAAUUAAAAUAAUUAAACAAAAUAUAGCGAAAUUUGGAAAAUUAGCAUUAAAUUUUAUUGAUUCAACUAUACAAAACUUAAUUAAAGAUGAUGAUGAUAAUGAGGAUUAUGAUCAUGAUCACGAAUAUAAUGAUUCACAAUUAAAACAUAAUGAAUUAUAAAAUCAAUAAUUUUGUACUGUAUAUACAUAUACAUAUACGUUAUUUUGUAAAAUAGAUUAAUGUGUUCUUUGAUUGAAUUAAAAAUAAACUCCAUGGAUAAAAAA